AUGGAGGGGAAGAUGGAGGGGGAGACGGAGGGGGAGGUAGAGGGGGAGAUGGAGGAGAAGAUGGAGGGGGAGACGGAGGGGGAGGUAGAGGGGGUGGUAGAGAGGGAGACGGAGGGGGAGGUAGAGGUAGAGGUGCAGGUGCCGCUGCCUGAGGUGCCGAUGCUGCACAUCUUCUCCUUCCUGGACGCCGCCAGCUUGCUGCAGGCGGGCCAGGUGAGCAAGUACUGGAACAGAAUGGCCAAUGAGGAGCACCUGUGGAGGAGCCUGUGUCGGAGCAGGUGGCCCGGCUCCUGGGAGGCCCCGCAGGAGUGCACGUGGAAGCAGCUCUUCCUCGCCCAGGGCCGGCGGGAGCUCCGGAUGCUGCGGGCCCAGCCCCAGGACUUCUCCUACCGGGAGGCCCCAGGCGGCUUCGGAGUCCAGGGGCCUUUGGCUUAUCUCUCAGGAAGUGACCCCUCCCUGACUGAACAGAGGUCCAUCCUGUGCUCGGGGUCCUCCAGGUGCAUGCUCUUCGCCUGGGAUGUGCAGGAGGGCUCCUUGAUCUGGUCCAGCCCUGCCCAGUGGUCCGCUGUCAAGUUCCUGGCCACCCUGCCCAAGAGGUCGCUGGUUGUCACCGUGGACGAGCAGAACACCGUCAAGGUGUGGAACUGCCGGGACUCCAGGCUCCUGGCCAGGCGCAGCCUGCCGCGGUGCUGCUACUCCCUGGAGCUCCUCCUCGCCGACCGCUUCCCCAUCGUCAUGGUGGGCGACUCCGGAGGCGACAUCUAUGUACUGACGGUGCCCCAGCUGGACAUCCUGUCCCUUGUCCCUGCGUUCGACUACAGCGUGAACCACCUGUACUGCUCGCCCAACAGGAAGUGGGUCUUCGCCGGAGGGUCCCACCCCCACGUGAUGCCGAAGGUGUUCGCCGCCCAGUGCCUGCUCAGGCCCUCGGACACUGCCCGGCUGUGGGUCUCCCUCCCGUUUGCAUUUUGCAGCAAAGCCUCCUGGGCCCUGAAGUGCGCCAACCGGGUGACGAUGAUGUUCCGGAGAGCCUUGUUCCGAAGGACCGGGUUCGGCACCUUUGACCUGUCCACCAGGAGCCCUGCGGGCAGAACCGUGGUGACAACCCAGCAGGUUGCGAGCUUCAUGCUGCCGGACGGGAUGGAGAGCCCGUUUCGGAUGGGGUCCUGGGACGGGACCAGGAUCGUCUUUGAGAGCGGGGCACACCUGUUUGUCUUCUCCAUCCACGGCCACAUGCUGCAGCGGUUCGACCACCACCAGGACAUCAUCUGCCACCUGUGGAUGGACUCCGUCCACGUCCUCACCACGUCCCUGGACAACUACCUGCACCUGUACAUGUGGGAGGAGGAGGGCCAGAGCCCUCGCCUCCGGAGCUGCUGCCACCUGGAACAGCGGCGGGCUGACCCGACACCCAGCUGCUACUCCUCCAUGGCGCUCUGCGACAGCUCCAGCGUGGUGUGCCUGGUGACCAAGAGCCGCGAGGACAGCAUCCUGGUGAUGUAUUCUCUGCCGACGUGA